AUGCCUGGCACGCCAAUACCGAGAGAACAAAUCUCGCCCCACUAUCUAGAAGAAAAUAUCUCUGGUCGGCUCAUCGCAGCAUCGUCGAUUAUCUUGAUAGUUACAACCAUACUGUUGGCCCUUCGUCUGUAUGUCCGCAGUCUGCCGAAUGUGAAAACUGGCUUGGAAGAUAUCCUGUUGCUUCCAGCGUAUCUCCUUUCGGUAGCGUCCUGUAUUUGUGGUUAUCUUGCGGUCACCCACGGUGGCGCCGGUCGCCAUGUCAAGGCACUGGUGCUGGAAGACCCAAAUAUCAUAAUUGUACGAGGAAAACUGCUCUACUCGCUCAGCUGGGUCACGGCAUACUCAAACUGCUUCUCGCGACUGUCGGUCUUGGUAUUGCUCUAUACGAUAUUUACGCCAGGUGUUGCUCGAAAAUGCACCGUUCUCCUGAUGGUCUAUAUGGUCCUCUUCCUGAUCUCGCAAACAAUUGCCGGUGCCAUGGAAUGCCGGCCACUCGCAUACUUCUGGGAUCGCACCGGCGAUGGAACAUGCAUCAACCUCUUCUUGUUCUUUAAGCUGAGUGGGAUUCUUAAUAUAGUUGGUGAUGUUGCCAUCAUGGUGCUCCCCGCGCACACAGUGUGGAACCUACAGGCAUCAAUAGCCAAGAGAGUGGCUAUUUCACUUGUCUUUCUCUCUGGUAGCAUAGGCUUGAUUGCGUCCUGCUUCCGAACCGCUUCUUUCUUCACGUCGCAAGAACACUCAACGGAAGAUCCUACAUGGACGGAUGUUGAAUUGAUGAGCUGGACGAUUGUUGAAAGCGGCAUGUAUAUGGCCGCUGCGUGCACUAUGCGCCUGCGCCCACUAUUGAGAAAACUACCUGGGUGGUUUAAACAAUUCAAGACCACACAUGAAAGUGGUGUGACAGUCGAGAGGACUUUCACCAUAGAAGAUGGGAAAGGGUAUGAGAUGAACUACUACGCGAAGCAAGGCCAUAUCCCGCUCAGGUCGUUUGACAGAGAUCUAAAUCGGGCGAGCCUGCUCCAAAGCCCUACACCGGCCAGAAAUCUACGUAGAGUCAUGGUCUCUGCUACCUUUCCACUGCCUGGCGUUGUCCACGGCAAACGCAUCUUAGCCACUGUCAUCGAGAACCGCGCCAAAGACGGCACUAACACUAAUCCCUGGAUCUCGCUUCCCAUCAACGACCAGGAUCUUUCCGCGGGGUACCGCGACAUCACUUUCCAGCAGCUGAACAACGCAGCAAACCACGCAGCUCAAUGGCUAAGUCAGGCCCUUCCGACGACGUCCGAGCCUUUUCAAUGUUUUGCAUAUGCUGGCCCCAAGGAUCUGCGGUAUGCGAUUCUUGCCGUAGCCGUGGCAAAGCUACAGAAAGUGAUGAUUCUUCCCUCGCCGUUAAUCACACCAGAGGCUCAGCUGCGUAUUCUGGAAAAGAAAAAUUGUACAUUGUAUCUCAGGCCGGUCGAGAUGGCCGGGCCUGUAGGUGCUAUUCUACAAAAGGCACCUCAUAUCGAGAGUAUCACGGUCCCAGGAAUCGAGGAGUUUCUCAGGGAUGAUGUAGCAUCGCCAGUAGUUUAUGGCAAGACAUGGGAUGAAGGAAAAGACGAUCCGUGGCUGGUGUUCCACACCUCAGGCACAACAGGAAAUCCCAAGCCGAUCACCUAUACACAUCAAAUGAUGGCUGGUGCCGAUACCGCGGCUUCUUUGCCGGACAUCGAAGAAACUCAUAUUCAUCAAUAUGCCCAGCGAAGGUGGUACACCCCUUUGCCCUCGCUACAUUUUGUUGGCAUGUUGAUGAGCCUUGCCAUGACUGGGUUCGUGAAUAUGACAUCCGUCAUUGGGCCUCCAGCACCCCCUACCGCCAAACUUCUUAUAGAUAUCUUCCGCUACGGCCGGAUAGACGGUGCACUUCUCAUGCCCGCUCUAAUUGACGCACUCUGUCUCCUCCCCGAAGGCAUUGAAGCGCUACGAGAACUUAAAUACGUUCAUUAUGCUGGUGCUCCGCUCUCGGCCAAAUCUGGAAAUCUACUAGCACCCUACACGCAAGUUGUCCCCUGUGUCGGCAGUACCGAAGCAGGCGGGUACUUUACCACUAUCCAUCAAAACAAGGAUGCAUGGGAUUACCUCUCCUUCCAAAAGCAUUCCGGGGCAGAGUUCGAACACCGCAUGAACGACCUGCACGAGCUUGUAUUUGUGCGUCGUCCUGAAUGCGCAAUGCAGCAGAUCUUCCAGGUCUACCCAGAUCGCGAUUCUUUCGGAACAGAUGAUCUGUGGAUCGAGCAUCCGGUGCACAAAGGACUAUGGAAGAUCAUCGGCCGCAGCGACGAUUACGUAUAUCUAGCUCAUGGUGACGGACUGCAUGCUUCGCUUCUGGAACCAGAGAUCAUCGCUCAUCCUAGCGUGAAGACCGCGAUCAUUGGAGGCCAUGGGCAGAUAUCACCAGUUCUUCUGGUGGAGUUAAUUCCUGGGGUGGAGUUGGACAAUGCGGCUUUGAAGGAAAGUCUAGAGCCCUAUAUCGAGAAGGUCAAUGCACAUUGUCACGACUGUGUGAAGCUCUCUUCGGAGAGGUUGAUCUUCGCCACGAAGGACAAGCCAUUUAUCUUGACGGCUAAAGGAAGUGUGGCGAGAUUGCAGACGUUGGCUCUCUAUGAGGAAGAGAUCGUAUCCUUGUUCGCUUAA